AAUUAUCCGACCUACCUAUUCUUUACUAGUACAGAUAGAUAUAGCAAGUCUCUUUAUCAAAAGAAAGAUACAGCAAUUCAGGUCCUCUGUAUAAUUAAAGGUAAAGUGCGCAAAACUACAGGUUCUCAGAAAGAACAAGAGAGAAACAAAUGGUUAGAGCAGCAGCAAAACUGCCGGGGUUUUGCUUAAACAAGAUUAGGCCGCAUGUCAGAAUUCGUUCACCCACAGUUCAGACCGAUUCAUCGACCACUGACCUGAAAAAUGAACUUUCGGGUGACAGGGGAGUUGAAAAUGCUGAGGAUGCUGCUUCAAAAUCGGUAAAUGGCAGGAAAAUAAUGUUAGUGGUUGAAUCAAGCUUAGAAGCUAGGAAUGCACUUCACUGGGCUUUAACUCAUACUCUGCAGAGCCGAGACUUAUUGUAUCUUCUUUAUGUCACCAAGCCUUCUAAGCAAGGCGAGAGAUUUAGCAAGGAUGGCCAUCCAGUUCCAAGAAUCCCCGAUUUUCUGCACUCUAUGAAGACUACGUGUAAACUUAAGAGACCCGAGGUUGAAACAGAGAUUAUAGUUGCAGAAGGGAAAGAAAAAGGUCCGACAGUGGUGGAACAGGCCAAGAAGAAAGAGGUAGCCAUGCUAAUUCUAGGCCAGAAGAAACGGUCCAUGUCAUGGCGCCUCUUGAUGAUGUGGGCGGGAAACCGACGAAUCGGAGGCAAUGGGGUGGUGGAACACUGCAUUCAGAAUGCCAGUUGCAUGGCCAUUGCAGUGAGGAGAAAAAGCAAAGACGGUGGUUAUUUGAUCACUACUAAGCGUCACAAAAACUUCUGGCUCUUGGCUUGACCGUACACUGGUCUUAACUAAAUUGUUUGUUUUUCUACCUAAACACAUUCUUACAUAUAUCUAUUUAUGGGUUUCUCUUAUGGUUUUACUAUGUAUAUAACUUACAACGUGUUAGUGUGUUCUAUUUUGGAGUUCAUAUUCAAUAAAUCAUGUAUUAUGGUUGUAAUUUGAA